ACUAUUUGUGUCACUUUCGCGCACAGCAAAUUGGAUUCGUGAAGUGAAAUUAGUGUUGUGAAAAUAUCUUAGCGAUUGCGUUUCUUCACAUCGAAAUGUCAUAAAGCGUUAGUUAACCAGCUCUACAUAUUUCCAGAAAAUAGAAUAUCAACAUAAAAACUUUGUACAUAAGUUGUUUGUAAAGAAACAACAAAUUAGAUAAAUAUUGUACUUGAAACAGAAAUUGCAGAAUCCUACGCUGCCUCCCAGACGCGGCAGCGUAUUGAGUUCGUUGGUUUCGAGUGUGUAGCAGCAACCUACAUUUUUCUCCCAUCAAACUGCAGUGUUUUCUGUAAUUCUAAUUUGUCACUUUGUUUUUGAUUGUGUGUGGUUGAGCGGUGGUUAAAGCUUAAUUGUUUCGAAAUACGCGAACAAUUGGCAAUUUUAGAAAACCUAACCUGAGAAAUAUAUAUGUGAAGGAAGGAUGCGCGUUGGUAAGAAAGCUAACGUCGUCGAGGCGAAGAAAACACGUUCCUGUGUCGUGCGAUUGGAAAAGGUUUCAUCACCCCCAAUAAAAGCAACUAGAAGCAGUGGAGUAAGCCCUCGCGGAAACGUGCAAAUACACUCGGAUGAAAAAAAAUUCAAGGGUCCAUUGAAAAAGCGACCAAUUGCACAAGGCAGUAGCACUGCUGCAUCGCCAAAUACUGCUACUCCAACUUCAACACAAAUAUUAGCUAAAGCCAAAGAGAUGAAGGAUAGAUUUAAAACGCCUUUAAAAGGUGUUAAGAGCGAGUCGGCUAAACGAGUUGCUGACGAACAGCCUUCACCCACAAUAGCUGCUGGACGUUCACGAAGAGCAAUUAAGCCCAAUCCCAAAUAUGCAAGUGAAGAUAUGGUCACCCCAAAGAGUAUAAGGAAUGUGGCUGCUCUUGCUGGAACAUCAGUUAAAAGGCCAGUCAUUACGGCGAAACAACGAAAGAGGUCAACAAGUAGUUCAGACGAUUUUUUUAAUAGAGAUUCGAGCGAUGAGUUGGGUGCCAAUGAACUAGAUGAUGAGGUAGAUAAGAUCUACAAAGCAAUUGAAAAAGAAACGGAUUCCGAUUUCUCAGAUGAACCUAAAGUGGUCGAAACACAGGUGAAAAAGCGUGGUAGGCCACGGAAAAAUACACAGUCUACCCCAACUAGUACACCUACACCAACGCCACGACCAACAUCAACGCCGCGACCAACAUCAACGCCACGACCACCACCCCCGACCGUACUUAAAGGACAAGCAUCACAACUUCAGUUGCUGAGAAAGUCAUUUGCAGCAAGCGUUAAUCGAUCCAUUGAGCCUUUGGCAGGAAUUAAACGCCCCCGUAUUGAUUCCGUGACCGGAGGUAGCAGUAGUGAUAACGAUGUUGAUGCAGGAGUUGUUGCCCGCAAACGUUUCUUGUUGUCCAAGUCGGCGAUUGUGCGCGCCAAUAAAAAUUCGAAUUCCAGUGACAUUAGUGUGGUAGUACGAAAAACAAAUCAAACACUUAAUGGCAGCAAAAUAAAUAAGAUAAAACCCGGCAUAAUAGACGUAGAACAACAUAAGCGCAAUACAACUGUAAGUGAAAAACGCACACUUAUGGACGGCAAUAGUGCUCCAAUCAGGAUACAGCAGCAAGCCAAACCUCUACAUACAAUGCGAAAUGUUGGUAAUACUUCUACGACACCAUUAACGCGUACACUAAUAACAAUGCCCUCUAAGACUCAAAAUGCGCGUGUUAUGGCCGUGGCAAAGCGACGGAGCGCUUCGCCGGCUACCCCCAAAGUAACAAAAACCCUCAUUGAAGAAAAAGCCGAAGAAAGUAGUGGACAUAAAUUGGCAGACUCACCCUCAACAACCGUGGAUGAUUUUGAGACAAUGCCUACUUUUACCAUUGUCAAUAUCAAUGACAUAAUUAACAAAAAGGGCGAUGUACUAAUUUCCAAGACUGGCAAAUCGCAGAAGCCGGAUGAUAGUAUCACAUCGGAUAAUGAUUUAUCGGAACAAAACAAAAUGAGUGAACCAAAAAAUGCACCUGGACGGCACAAAGGUUCGAUUGUGGACAAAUACAGUGACGCCAUUCAUUCAAAGAGCCCUUUGAUUUCAACAAGGAAACCAACUCAGAAGAUUUUAAACCACACACUUCUUAAAAAAUUAUCAUCUUCGGAUAGUGCUUCACAGCGCAGCAAAGCCAACUCAAGCAUUUCACCUGAUAAACCUGCUCCACGAAUACUCAACGCAAUGGUGGCAAAGAAAACUCAGCCUGUCAAACCUAUGAUAGCUAAUUUUGAAGACUCGGCAGACGAUGAAACCUAUCCACUUUCACUUGAUGGCGAUGAGGAAGAGGAGGAGGAUGAUGCAGAGGAAGAUACUGGGGACGCAGAAGAAGACGACGAAGAUCCCGACGAUUCGUUUGAGGUUAGUAAAAACAAGCUUCCAACCAGCACACCGUAUCUCGUCAAAAAAAGGACGCCGUCAGCAAAGGAGAAUUCACAAACCGCUCUUAAUCGGCAGCCAACAAAGAAUGUCAUACAGCGCAAAAUAUCACCGGAAAAAGUGGUUAUUUCUCGUCAAGGAGAUAAAAUAAUAAAGAAAAUUACCUGUUUUGAAACGUGGUAUGUUAUAAUACCAGAAGAAACAACGCCAAAAGUAACACGAAAUAUACUCGAUAUACCCCUUAUCAAGCUGGCCAAUGUAGCUACUGAAAUCAAACUACCAUCAGAAGAUUGGAAGAGUAAAGUGACGUUGCAUGAAUUAUCGCCAACAAUGAUUGCCAAAUCAAACUUGAUAACCUACACAGGUGAUCUAAAUGAGUACAACAUCGCGGAAAAUGAUCGAGGUCGUUAUCAGCCUUCGUGCGUAAUGUUUAGGCGUUCAGUAAAUGAUCGAGCGAAAUCACGACUUCCGUACGAUAGGGCUGUCAUAUUCAAGAAUAAAACUUUCUUCACAAACAUCGAAGGCAAGAAUGUUAAAUUGGUGGGAGCACCCAGUGCUGUCAAUUCGCAGAAAGAUGUUGAAAUUUUGCUCCAAAUAGUGGACUCAUUAACACUACAAAGUUCACUUGUUGAACCCACAAAUACAAUGCAAUAGGCAAAGUUGCCAAAAGAUUAACGGCACAAAUCCAGAAUUCAGUACACUUCUUUGUAUGUAUACCCAGGCCCUUAUAAUAUCUACUUUAAUUCGUUAUAAAUUCAAUUUAAAAAUUAAGUUAAAAACAAAAUAUCGUAUAUUGAGAAGCUCCAACAAUGAGCUCAAAAAUCUAUAAAUCGAGAAACUGCAAUUGAAUUACUUAGGUUUGUCAUGGAAAAAGCAUAUAAUCAUACAUUUGUAUAUGUUAUUAUCAUUAUUCGAGUAUAGGAAGGUCUUAUGAACACAUUUCUUAUAGAAGCAGUAAAACAAAAAAACAAUGACAUUGUUUUUGUAGUGCGAAAUUUGUUCGAAAACUCUUUAGUUUGGAGGAAGGUGACAUAUGCUACAUUAAACAAAAAAAAAAAAAAAAAGAAAAAAAAUAUUUUUUAGACCUUCAAAAUACCAGUAGCGAUAUACAUAUAUGUAUAUUUGUAUAAGUGUAAAUGCUAUGUAUAAAUUGUCAUUCGCAUAGAUUCGUAGGUAAGUGCGGACCCAAAUUUUUAUAAGUCAUUGAAGGACUACCGCGUAGGUGUUGUAAAUCAUAUACUUAACAUAACUACGAAAUAAUCUUAUUUCUUUACACGCUUAAAUAAAUGCAUACGAAAGAAGUUAAAACUAGAAAUGUUAAUAUAUAUGUAACAUAUGGAUAUAUGUAUAUAUUAUAUAUAUGGAUGUAAUAUAUAUAUAUAUAUAUAUAUUUGUAUGUUUUCGAUAUAUACGGUAAUAACAUGGAGAUAUAUAUCCACUGCAUAUAUAAUAAUAUAUUCUGUAGAGAAUUAUUCAGAAGACAAGAAAAUCAUCUCAACUUUGUUAACAUAAUUAUGGUUAUUUUUAGUUACAUAUUAAGUAUUUUAUCGUAGGCGUUAAAGCCU